AUGGCUCCCACCGAGCACGGUGAAUGUUUCGUUUUGGAUGACGGUGGUGAAGUCGAUCUUGAUCUUGGAAAUUACGAGAGAUACUUGAACGUCACUUUGACCAAAGAACAUAAUAUUACCACUGGAAAGAUCUAUCUUCAUGUCAUUGACAGAGAGAGAAAAGGAAAAUAUCUCGGAAGAACAGUCCAAGUCGUCCCACAUAUCACCGAUGCUAUUCAAGACUGGAUCGAGCGAGUCGCCAGGAUACCAGUCGACGAGUCUGGUGAAGAACCGGAGGUUUGCAUCAUUGAAUUAGGAGGUACCGUCGGUGAUAUCGAAUCGGCUCCGUUUAUCGAAGCCAUGCGCCAGCUCAGACGUCGUGCCGGAAAGGGAAAUUUCAUGCAGAUUCACGUCAGCUUGAUUCCCGUUAUCGGUGGUGAACAAAAGACCAAGCCUACUCAGGCUGCUAUUCGUGAGGCCAGAAGCUCAGGUUUAGCACCGGAUUUGAUCGCUUGUCGUUGCUCGGAAGCUCUAUCUCCUUCUACUAUCAACAAAAUCGCAAUGUUCUGCCAGGUCGAGCCCGAAGAUGUCGUCCAGGUCGUCGAUGUCAGCCUAACUUAUAAAGUCCCAUUGCUCCUUGAACAACAAAAACUCGUCCAACUCCUCCAGACCACACUCCACCUUGACCAAAUUUCGAUCCCAUCACAGCUCACCAUUAGAGGCCAGAGCACUUGGUCAAGAUGGAAGACGCUUGUUCACGCUGCCACCACGCUGCACGACGAAGUCAAGGUUACACUCGUUGGCAAAUAUACCUCGCUUCACGACAGUUACCUCAGUGUUACAAAGAGUUUGGAGCACUCUGCUAUGCACUGCGGCAAGAGACUAGUGUUGGAAUGGGUGGAUUCGUCGGAUUUGGAACAGGAGAUGGCAAAGACCAAUCCCGCUAAAUACCAUAGAGCAUGGCAUAUGGUCUGCACCGCCAACGGUAUCAUCGUCCCCGGUGGAUUCGGAACCCGAGGCACAGAAGGUAUGAUAGCAGCUGCCCAUUGGGCUAGGACACAGAAGGUGCCAUACCUCGGAAUCUGUCUCGGUAUGCAAAUCGCCGUCAUUGAAUUUGCAAGAAACGUUUGCGGCCUAAAAGAAGCAACAUCGGAGGAAUUUGGCGAAGAACCUGACAAGCUGACGACACCUAUCAUUGUUUUCAUGCCUGAAAUUGAUAAGGAGACUAUGGGAGGAAACAUGCGCCUUGGUAUCCGUCCAACCGUCUUCCAACCAGAGACGGAGUGGUCGAAACUGAGAGAGUUAUACGGUCAACCCGAUCAGAUUCAUGAACGACACCGUCAUAGAUACGAGGUCAACAACAAAUAUGUUGAAAAGCUUGAGGCUGCGGGUCUUCCCUUCGUUGGCAAAGAUACUGCUGGUGAACGAAUGGAAAUUAUCGAAUUGAAAGAUCACCCGUGGUUUGUCGGCGUGCAAUAUCAUCCCGAGUAUUUGUCCAGGGUGUUGAAGCCGAGCAAGCCUUAUUUGGGCUUCAUCGCGGCGGCUUGUGGGUCUUUGGAUAAGCUCCUUGAAGCGAACCGCAAAGGCGUUUCUUUGCAGAACCAUUUCACCAAUCGUAUCGCUUCUGAGUUCGAAGAUAAACUUAAGCUAACGAAUGGGGAGACUAUCACCGCAUAG